CAGGCUGUCCGUGAUGUCAACCAUCACCAUCAAUGCAGUUAACCAUCUCAGGAUACUAUUGUCAGAAGAAAAAUUUCUUUUUCUUGGAAACCCUGCUGAUGAGAAACUACUUCAACUCUUUCUCCACUUCACUGAUUAUGACAUCGACAAAGCGUUAGAAAAGGUGAUAUCAUAUUACAAGUUAAAAGAAAAGUACAGCGACUUCUACGCAUUCAAGAGGGAUCCUAAACUACACGAUGUGAUUCUCAAAAAAGGCAUUAACACAAUGUUAGAAGACAGAGACCCGCUGGGCAGAAGAAUACUCGUCUACAAACUUGCUAACUUGGUGUACGGCGCUCACGAGGUCCAUGAAAUGUUCCAAGUGGACGACCUUUGGCUGACCUUGGCGUGCGACGAGGAGGAGACCCAGAGGAACGGUCUGGUCAUCGUGUUCGACCUGAAGAACUUCCCUUGGAAGUUCCUGAGGAGCUUCACCCCAUACAAUAUCCGGGCGACCACUGCCAAAGCUGAGAGUUUACCAAUCGAGAACAUCCAGUACCACGUGAUCAACUAUGGCUGGGUGGUCGGCUUGUUGGUCAGUCUGGUGUUCCCCUUCCUCAAGGAGGAGACGAAAAACAAGAUAUAUUUCCACAACUCCAUGGAAAGUUUGCACAGUCAGGUGUCGCCUUCAGCUUUACCCAGAGAGUACGGGGGUGACAGACCUUCACCAGUGCAGGCGAAGAGGGUAAAAGAAUACCUGGACCCUCAAAAUACCCGAUUAUCAGAUUUAUUGUCAUACGGAUAUAUGAAGAAACCUGAAGACUUCUAGCGCAAGGCCUUGACGUACUUAUUUUCUUAUUACAAACUGUAAUUGUUAUAUGUAAUAAAUUAUUAUUGUUCUGUUUA